AGCUUCCGUGAACAGUACAAGGAACUGCCGGCUGCUGCUACAGGCCCGGAUUCCAAGUGGCCGUCGAUGGAGAUUACCAGUGAAGUGGCUGUGUCGCGUGGUGGUUCGCGCGGAGGUCGUGGAGCUGGCUGGGAGCGUGGUGAGAAGCAGUCGGGCGGCUCGGGUCGCCAAGGAUCGCGCGGUGGCUCGGGCGGUGGCCAGUGGGCACGGUCGCAGGACCUUCCGAAGCGCGGCAGGGGAGAGCGUGGUGGCCGCGGCGGCCGUGGUGGUCGUGGCGGUCCUCCGGAUCCGCCUCUUCUGGAUGGACCUGUGAAGCCUUUGACGAGAUCGGCCAACCGCUGGAUCCCUACGAAGAAUGCUUCGACGUUGGAAGUGACGAAGAAGAAUGUGAACUCUAUCAUGAACAAGAUGACCCGCGAGAAGUUCGACCGUUUGGCUGGACAGUUGACAGCUAUCAACAUGGAAAGCCUCGAGAUGCUGCAGGCGGUCAUCAAAAUCAUUUUCGACAAGGCCGUCGGCGAGCCGCAUUUCUGUGACAUGUACGCAGACUUGUGUGUGCACCUGGAGACCAACUGGAAGGUGUGGUCGUUCCUGAAGAUUGUUCAGAAUGACGAUGACAAGAUGUUCUACUGGACGGCCAUGUCUGAUUCGGAUUCGGAAGUCGUCGGACCUUUCGACGACGCAAGCAGCGCCUUGGAGUCGGCUGGUGGUGAUGAAUUUGAACCGGUCCCUGCUCCUUCCAACAUGAAGCUGAGCGAAGUCCGCGUCCGUGAUCACAAGUUCAUUAAGAUUUGGGUGGAAGAGGACCCCAAGGAGCCGAAGUACUACUGGUCGGGCCAGGACCUGGAUGAUCUGGGAGAGGACCAAGUACUGAAUGGUCCUUUCGAAAACCACGAGGGUGCGAGCCGCUCCGCUAUCAAGACGUGCUCAUUCAAGCGCAUUUUGCUGAAUGCCUGCCAAGAAGAGUUCGAAAAGGAUAACAUCUAUGAGGAGCUGGAGGAGAGCUUCAAGAAGGACAAGGAGGAAGGAAAAAUCACUCCACAGAUGGAAGCGGACUACGAAGAGAAACGACUGAUCAUGAAGCUGCGUAUGCUUGGUAACAUUCGAUUCAUCGGUGAGCUGUACCGAAAGGGUAUGCUCCAAGAGCGCAUUAUGCACGAGUGUAUCAUGAAGCUGAUGGACGUUCGCCCGAACAGUGAAGGAAUGAUGGUGUGUGUGCACCCUAACAAUCCUCCGGAUGAGGAGAGCAUCGAGUCGUUGGCAAAGCUGCUGACAACGAUGGGUAAGGACCUUGACAAGCAUGGUGCCCAGGGCUUUAUCCCGGCGUACUUCCACUACAUGGAGAACAAGCUGGUGAAGGACAAGCGUCUGUCAUCUCGUAUUACCUUCAUGAUCAAGGACGUGAUCGAGCUGCGCCAGCACAGAUGGGAGCCGCGCCGAAAGGAAUUGAAGCAGAAGACCCUGACCGAAAUCCGUAAGGAGGCAGAACGCGAAGCACGUGCGCCUCCGAGCAGCGCGCCGAGUGGUGGAGGCCGCGACCGUGGAGAUCGCGACCAUUUCAGGUCAGACCGCCGAUCGAACUCGUCCCGCGAUGGAUUUAACGGUGGCCGUUCAACUAUGGCGCCGGUGUACCAGCACUCGCAGUCAAUGAGCAGCCGUGGAAACAGCAACAGACAAAUGACGCUCCCGCGUGGCUUUGGAGCCCGUGAUGAGUCGGUGAAGACAGGCCCCUCAGGUCGACCUGCUGCCUUCGGGGUUGGCUCUCGGCAACCACGCGGUGGUGGCCCUAGCGGAUCGCCAGCUAGCUUCCCUUCCCGUCGUGCCCCGGCGGCUGGUGCGAAGAAGCCGCAAUCCCCCGCUCGUGCCAAGGUGAUCCCGCCGCUCGACGACGAGGCCCAAGAGAAGAUCGGAAAGAAGGCCAAAUCCAUCGCUGAGGAGUACGUCUCGAUUGUUGAUCUGAAGGAAGCCGAGGCGUGUCUUGUGGAGGUCCAGAAGGAGUUUAAGAACCACGAGGACGUUAACCGCGUCUUCGCUUUUGAAGUUCUGAAGGAGGCUAUCGACGCGAAGGCGGAAGCGCGUGAAAAGAUGGUUGAAAUGCUCGACAAGCUGAGUCUGGAAACGAAGACGGUUUCGUUCGUUGGCAUCCGCUACGCGAUUGAGAAGACGAUUGAGCUGUGCGGUGAUCUUUGGUGCGAUGUGCCGAAGCUUCACGAGCACAUGGCUGAAUUCGUGGUCCGCUUCAUCAAGGAUUCGAGCUUGACGGGCGUUUCGGUGGAUUGGAUUGUUGGUGGUUGUCUGCAGAACGUGGACAAGGACGCGAUGGAGGAGCUGGUUGACGGUGGAUUCCUUGCUGCUAUCCUCGGUGAAAUCCUAAAGCUGUUGAAGGCGGCCGAUGUGGAGAAAGCGAAGAAGGAGAUCAGUGCCACCAACGUGACGGUACUGAGCUGGAUCAAGAAGUACGAUAUCAUGGAUGUGUUCCCGUUGGAGCCUGCCUUUGGACUCGUGGAGCGUGUGAGCAAAGAUUCGUCGUACGAUGAAGUUGUCAAAUUCAUCGGGGAUAACAUCCCCGAGGCAAUGCUCAACGACCCGCUCUUCGCCUCGUACGCGUGCCUGUUCAUCCUGAACCUGUCGAAGGAGGGCGAGCUGCCGUCGGCUGAGCGGUGCAUGCUGCUGACCGGUUUCUGCGGCAACACUGACACGCAGGUUCGGCUAGUGUCGGCGAUCAUGCAGACGCGGUCUGACAACGAUGAAGUGAAGAAGCUGCUCAAGCUCUUGAAGAAGGAGAGCGCCGUGACGCCCCAGGCUUUCAGCAAGUGGCUCGAGCUCAAGAACGACAAUAGUGUGAGUAGGAAGCGGGUGCAGGAGGAGCUGGGUCAGUUCGUAGAGGAGCUGGCCCGCACCAAGUGA